CUAUCAGCUAAAGCUUUUUCAUGUACAGAUUUUCCUGCAGAAAGACUACAUUGUACGACCGAAGAACCUGUCGGGAGCUCCUAGAAGAAGAACCAAAGUUGAUCCUACAGAGGGUAGCUAGUCCGGCAGGGCUGGCUUCAGGAGAUCAGCCACGGCUCUAAGGAAAGGAUCCCGGGUCACACCGAGAAGGGGAACGCAAUGUGUCCAUCGCUUUCCUAAGUUCCUUCUUGCAUCGCCUUCUUUCCACGGUGGCCGCGGUGCCCUCCCUUCUGCAGGGGGGCAUCCUUCCGAUCUGACCUACCUUGCUGGUGGCGGUGCUGCACAAGUCUGAAGUAGACUUCUAGCAUUGUAGUCAGUUCAGUUAGUAGUGCAUAUAGUAAGCGUUGUAGGUAUGGUGUCAGCCACCAGGUUAGACGGUGACUAUCCUUUCCAUGGCAAGAAUACUCCUCUGGAUCAGUUUGAAGGUGUGAAGAUACAUCUUUACCGUCUAGGUACAGAAGAACGUGAACUUGAUGCUCUCAAAAGUUCCGCAUGUGCUGAUCAAGGCAGCCCAAGUUUACUUGAUACAAUCAUUCUGUCUCAGUGGGAGAAUAAUUCCAGGGAGGGCCAGUUGGCAUAUGAUGUUACUGCUUGCAAACUUAAGGUCAUUGAAGGUGAAAGGGAUUUUGUUAUUCAAAUGAAUGAUAAGUGGAAUUCAUUUUCGCUCAACGAAUAUGGCAAGUUCAGUCAUCCUUUUGGAUGCUCGAAGCUAAGUUCUACUAAAAUCUGCGGGGAAUUGCUUUUGUGCAUUGAGGAAGGAGAAAAGAAUGAACCGGAGGUUGUUCCUUUGACUACACCCCCAAAUGAUGGAGUAAUGCUGAUUGCAAAUGCGUAUCCUGUUGAAUAUGGCCACAUCUUCUUGGUCCCAAAUCCAACUAAUAGAUUAUCUCCCUUUUGGGAUAAAAAGAUGUUUGGGCUGAUUACGAAGAUUGCCGCUGAAGUAAACAGUGCAGCGUUCCGGGUUUUCUUUGAUGGUACAUCUAUUGUGCCAAACCACACAGAUUUUCAGGCAUGUUAUUUUGCCAAUCCUUUACCAGUGGAGUCUGCAUCGACUGUUCCAUGCAACUAUCCUGAAUACCAAAAUGUUACAGACAUGAAGACCAGAUCAGGAGUUUGUGUCUACGAAACAGUUGACUACCCUCUGAAAGCCCUCGUGUUCUCCAGCAACAAUGCAAAUGCGCUUGUCAAUGUUGUCAGUGAAGCAUGCCUAACUCUGCGUGAGAACAAUACCGCACACAGCCUAAUGAUCUCCAACAGUGGCAGCAAUGUUUUCUUAUUUCCGCAGGUGAAAAAUCUGGCUACGGGCUGCUAUCUUUCUGCUUGGGAGUGCUGCGGCUACUUCGUUUAUCACGCCAAGGUUGAUUUCGACCGAGCUUCUGAGGCCGAGAUUUCCAGCAGAAUGGCCUCGUUCUCGCCCGAAGAUGGUGCCUUUGAAGACCUGAAGAAUCUGUGUUGCGCUAUUGCUGAUGAUCUCGAUACCUGCGCCUGUGCAGAAUGAGGCCGUACCUACCAACAGUUUGCGUGGGUGUCCGUUAUGUAAAAAAAUGCACAGGAUGUAACUGCCACUGUUGACCUGGUGUGCCGUGCUCCUCCGUUGUAUUCCCUGUGUUUUGUGGUUUAUGCCUACAUACUGCUAUGAAACGCAUGUAUGAUAACAUACUGAAUGAUUAGUAAUGCUCUCUUAAAUGUUUU